UACCUGCUUCAGAGGUUUUUCUUCAUAAAACUUCUAAAAAAGCUUGCACUCUCACCCCAACCCCAGAAGCAAACUAUGUCAACUCCUCCACACCAAAUUAUCAUCUCACCCCAACCCCAGGAGCAAACCAUGUCAACUCCUCCACACCAAAUUAUCAUCUCACCCCAACCCCAGAAGCAAGCCAUGUCAACUCCUCCACACCAAAUUAUCAUAUCAAAACAAGCCAUGAAUCAGCAUACUCCAGCACCAAAUACACCAGAUCCAGGAACCAGAAUAGUGACAAAGCAAGCAACACUCCUACGGCAACCUCGCCGAACCAACCCAAUGGUAUGGUGUUGUGCAAUCCUAUGUCUAAUAUUCAGCCUUAUUCUCAUCUUCUUUGGAAUUGCUACUUUGAUCAUCUUCCUCGUUAUUAAACCAAAAACCCCUUUGUUUGACAUCCCUGGCGUAAGCCUCAGCAGCGUCUACUUUGACUCACCAGAGUACUUCAAUGGUGACUUUACCUUCCUUGCAAAUUUCUCGAACCCAAAUCGAAAAAUCAAUGUAAGAUUUGAGUAUGUGUACAUAGAGCUCUACUUUUUUGAUAGGCUAAUAGGAACUCAAACUCUUGAGCCUUUCACUCAGAGACGAAGAGAAACAAGGUUGGAAUCAGUUCAUUUUAUAUCAAGCUUGGUUUCCUUGCCCCCAAAUCUGGGGUUGGAGCUCCGAAGGCAGGUGCAGAUCAACAAGGUUACAUAUAACAUAAAAGGAACUUUUAGAGUGAGAGCCAAUCUGGGAUUGACGCACUUCUCUUACUGGUUGCAUGGAAGAUGCCAGUUAGACAUGACUGGGCCACCAACAGGAGUUCUAGUCACCCGAAGUUGCAGAACAAAGAGAUGACAAGUGCAGAGUUUUUUUUUUUUUUUUUCUUUUAACUUCACCUUUUUCAUUUUCCUCUUCCAUUUGGAUUCAGAUCUAAAUGGAAACUGUAAUGUAUAAAGGAUGGUGAGCUGAUAUGAUCUAUAAAAUGAAUACAACAGAAUUCUUUUGUGGUUGAAAUGAUCUAAGCCAAGAUUGUCGUUGAAAUCUCAGAUUCAACAAUCUAAGCCAACAAUCUUGACAGGGCUAGAGGGUUGAGUCACAAUUGAAUCAAAUGACAUCAACAACCUGAUAUGGGAUUAGAGGGGAAAAUGUAGGAAGAAGCACAGAAGAAGGAAUCUGACAAACUCAUUUUGAUGAGUUAGAAUAUCACUCAGCAGUCAACAGACAAGGAAUCUGACAAACAUUUUUAUUUCUUUGCUUGUUGGUCAUCUUAGUUGUAUGAAUUUCAAAUCUUUGAGCAUUCAAAGAAGCUAGUCCAAUUUUUCAAAAGAGUAUUUAGGAUCUCUAGAGGGAUCAACAUAGAUUCCCAAGUUGAUUUCCAUGUCUACUUUUUAUUUCUUAUA